GAGAGAGAGAGAGAGAGACAGAGACAGACAGACAGCAAGUUCCGUUUGCAAACUGGCGCGCCGCUCACUCUCUCUCCUCUUGGGGAAGUACGGAGUCACACCGCCGGAUGAUACGAACCCGCUGCAGUCUCGGAUGUGCCUCAGAAUGUUCUCCUGAAAAGUGAGUAACUUCCCUCAGAGCAGCCGUUAAACUGCUGAACUGGGAGCGGGUCUCUCUCUGUGCUGCAGGCUGUGAGGCUGUAAGGCAGUGAGGACGCCUCGGCGCUUCAGUUUCAGGAGAUGGACAUCGCUGAUGGAGCCAACCAAAAUAAAUCAGAGACCAGUGUUCAGUGAAAGCAGGGAGGGAGGAGACCAUGCUGUGGAGCCCAGCUGCUACAUGCUGCUAAAGGAGCAGGCCCUUUCUCUCUUUUAUCCACUUAUCACUCGUGAUUUUUCUCAAGGAUUAAUAGAAGCUUCAACAUUGAGGCUGGGCAUGCUGGAAUACCUGUAAGUUAGCUUUGGCUUCAACCUUUCGUAUCUCUUGUGGAAAGGUUAAAGAACCAGCCAUGAAGUGUGCUAGAGACAUAUGAUGCCCUAAGCCCACCAUGCUUGAGCAGCAUGGAUAUGGGCUGUGUUUUCUGUGCCACAGUCAUACACUGAAAACAGCAAGGAAUGCAUCCUGUGGAAUUUCCUGUCUGUAUGGAUUGUAGUGCUGUUUUUGUUUUGUACCAAAACUCAAUUUUCUUCCAAAAUAUGGCCUGACAUAUGACUUCAGGGAGCUCACUGAUUUCUUGAUCAUUAUAUCAAGUCUCAAAAACAGUGAAGAGAUCAUGUGUAACGUGACACUGACCACCUGCAAUGUUGACUCAAACAUUGACCAGUUCUUCCAGCCAGUGCUGUACAUUAUUGUUAUAAUCCUUGGCUUCCCUACCAACUGUAUGGCCCUGUGGGCCGCUUAUUUACAGGUGAGGCAAAAAAACGAGCUGGGCGUCUACUUGAUCAACCUCUCUGUGGCUGAUCUUCUGUACAUAGCCACUUUACCACUGUGGAUUGACUACUUUCUGCAGCAUGAUAACUGGAUCCAUGGGCCAGGGUCCUGCAAACUCUUCGGUUUCAUCUUUUACACUAACAUCUACGUCAGCAUCGCAUUCCUCUGCUGCAUUUCUGUGGAUCGCUACUUGGCAGUGGCCCAUCCGCUCAAGUUUGCCAAGGUGCGUCGCGUCAAGACAGCCAUUUUGGUAAGCGUCUUGGUCUGGGUUAUAGAAGUGGUGGCCAACUCAGCCCCACUCUUCCAUGAUGAGCUUUUUGAGGCCCGUUUCAACCGCACCUUCUGCUUCGAGAAGUAUCCGAUGCAGGAGUGGGUGGCAGGCAUGAACCUGUACCGAAUCUUCUUGGGCUUCUUGGCUCCCUGGUGCUGUAUGUUCGCAGCGUAUCGAGGCAUCCUGAAGGCAGUGCGUGGAAAUGUCUCCACUGAACGGCAGGAGAAGGCCAAGAUCAAGAGGCUGGCCCUCAGCCUCAUCCUAAUUGUGCUGCUGUGCUUUGCGCCCUACCAUGUGCUACUGCUGUGGCGCAGUGUGCUCAUCUUCAGUAACCCCUGCGACUGUGGGGUGGAGGAGAAACUGUUUGCCGCAUACCAUGUAGCACUUGCUCUCACCAGCCUCAACUGUGUAGCAGAUCCAAUCCUCUACUGCUUUGUCAAUGAAGGAGCCCGUAACGACGUGAGCCGCGCACUGGCCGCCCUGAUGGGCCUCUUCCACCGCGGUCAAAACACAGAUACACUGAUGGGAGGUUCCAUCACCGUGGAAACACCUCUGGCCACCAAGAAACCAGACCUCUACGGAGAGGUCAAGACAAAUUCCUAUAAAAAUGACAUUGAGGCACUGAAAGAGGAGUGCCUUCAGAUGACCAAACUUAGUGUUAAAAAGUGAACUUAUGAAGAGACACAAUGCGUAUGUAGGCACACUUUUGCUAAGUGAACUUCAGGGACUGUGCGCCUCAGGUUUUUCUGCACACACAGAUUCCGUCAGCAAUGCCUGUCUUAGAAAAAUGUUGGUGUAAAACCUUACUCUGUUUGAAUGUUAUGCAGGAUGCCUUGUUUGAUACUGUUGUUGAUGAUAAUUUGCAGAUGAUACUGUUUUCUCCCUCCAAAAUGAUUUAACCUUCUUUACUAUUGCUACUGUGAUGAUUCAUUACUUGUUUUAAGCAUGUUUCUUUAUUUAUUUGUAGCUUAAGCCACCGUGAAGCUCAAAACAAAUACAAAAUGGCCAAAAAUGAUGCAAGACCAUCAUGGCAGGGCUCUAACUUUUUAAUGAAUUAAUAACUUUUUUCAUGAAAUAUUACUUCUGACUGGUUAGAUACAACUUUUCUUUGCAUUUUUCUAAAACAGUUUAUGCUGCAAACCCCGUAACGGGACUGGAUUUUACCAAAACUUGAGUAAUUUCUUAAUGUGUCAGACAAAACAGAUUUAUCUUGAAAAUCAUGUAAUUGUUAUUAAAAGUACAAUCACUAUUUUACAUACACUUGCAAAUGGAAUACAGAGAACUAACCUUGUGUGUUGGCAUUUGUAGCUGAUGGCUGCAAUUUAAACUAUGUACACUGAAACUGAACGUAUAAAGCUGUGAUCAUAAUUUUUCCAAACUGAAGAAAGAUAAUAUGGCUUGUCUGUGAUGGUUUCCAUUGUUAAAGCAAAUUAAACCCAACUUUCACUGAGGCAAAUAAUUACUUUUAUUAUGUUAAUGGCACUACAUGUAAUAUGCAAAUAUUGUGCAAGUCAGAUACCACCGUUCAUUUAAUUAAUUUCCAGUCAAAACAGCCGCAAGUACAAGUAUCUAAACAUAUAUUUAACAGACAGUUACACAGAAGCCUCAACAACUAAGUAUAAAAUCAGAAUUUUAGUAUUUACUGUGUCCACUCUUUGCCAGUGCUACAGCUUCCAUUCUUUUCAGGAUACUUGCUUUCAGCCUCAGAAAUUGGUUGCGUUUUCUGCUUCUCACAAUCCAGGUAUUCUCAAACACAGUCCAUUGUUCUGAGAACACCAGCAGCUUUCUUCUUUUUUGUCUAAUUCCUUUUCUCAGUAGCAGCUUCUUGACAGCUACACAUCCUUUCGGAUUCAGUGUUGAGUUGUCUUUUCACAGUGGAAGGAUGGAAAGAAACACCUGCAGAUUUUUUCAGAUCUGAAGAAAAAAUUGGAGCUCGAUUUUCUACUAUCUGUCAAGGAUGAAGGCUUCAAGAACUGUUUAUCUUAUGGUGGUCUACCAGGUUUUCCAUGGUUGUUAAUAAUUCCAUUUUCUCUGUGUAUUUGACAUUGUCUAUGUAUCAUUGUUUAAACUACAGAUUUUUAAACUACUGUUUUUUUCACUUAUUUUCCAUUGACUUACUUUAGGCAUGUCGAUCAUCUUGUCUUAUUUACACAGA